AUCAUAGUCCAAGGGUCGUAGACCUAAACUAAGUAGAAAAUAGUGUAGGUAGUUAUAAACUUUUUGUUUUAUUUUAAACCUUUAAAAAUUAUUUUGCACAUGAUUUUUUUAAUUUACAUUAAAAGAAUAAUAUUUUUUUACUUGAUAAAUUUAGUGUAUUCAGUGUUUUUGCUCUCAAAAUUUAAUUAUUAUAGUGAGUAACAAUGAUUUAAUAGUUCGUUAAGUUGUGUGUUAAGACGGCAGACAUGUAACGUAACAGUUUACCUCCAUUGUUAUGAUAUCGAAAUGUCUUCGGCUCUGCCAACAACAAUUUCAUCGUGUAAGUUAUAAUUUCAGUAGCGACAGUAAUUGUGCCGAUACCGUUUCCACGACCGCCAAACCGCACAAACCCGAGCAGAAGGAAUGGAACAGCGAUUUUGUUGCAAGUCGAUACUGAAAAGGAAAUCGUUGGAUCACACGCCGCCGGCGGCCGAGAACGCGGACGCCGACCGCAACACGCCGUCCAACGGCAACCGGCUUCAGCCACCAGCCAAGCAGAGCGCGUUGAAAUACUUCAGUCUUAAGUCAUGCCGCCAGGGCAUUCUGAAGAAGCAUUCGGCCAGCUUCGACGACGAGUCGCUGCAGAAGCCGAUACUGAAAAACCGGUGCCUGUCGUGCGACGAUUCAGCGACGGCUGCGCUAGGCUGUAACGAAUUGCAUUCGAUUUUAAAGCGAAAAACUAGUGAACAGUACAACAGCGAUUCGUGGCCGUCGACGGAACCGCAGGGGAUACUGAAAAAACGCGAUCCUCCGUUAGCGGCGGAACACCCGGCGGACAACGAUGAAGACAUCCGGCCGAUUUUGAAACAGAAGAAAACCGUCGAUCAAGCCGAUCCGGCGUCCGAAGCGCAAGAGAACGGCAACAGUGGUGGCAUGCCCAGGCCGAUUCUGAAAAAGAAAUCGUUGGAUGCGUCUCCGCCGACACCUUCGGAGGCGCCGCCCAUUUUGAAAAGUUCGGCCGACGAAUCUUCGGUGAAACGGCUGUCGGUAGCCGAGCGCAUAUCGAACCUUGAAUCGAUCGCGAGGGACAGGUCCACCGAGAGUGCGGCUUACAGGAAACCGACCAGAGAAAACGCGCGUUCGACCCGAGACCGUUCAAGGUUUCACACUCAACCGGUCACACCCGAUGAACUGCGAGCGGUCAAAAAAACGAACUCUGGGCGACCCGUAGAUGUAAAUGGUGACUACGACACCCCCGCAGCUAUGGACAAUAACAACGGGAGUCCGACGCAAGACGGGUCGAACGUCGGACGUCUUUGUUUGGCCGGACAAACAAAACGGGACGAAAAACUCGAAUCGGCCGCGUGUUCGAAUUUGAGGCGCACCAAAAGCGUUUCGGCCAAAACGCGCGAAUUUCACAGUUGGUUCGAUAAGAAGUCGGCGGCCAACAACAAUGUGGACAACAACAACACUGUUUCAUCGGCACCGCGCGCUGCUACCGCCCCUGGCCGGGUAGACACCGGCGUGAGCAUUACCGCAGCUCGGAGCCGACUGACGAGACUGAACUCCCAUUGCCAAGAAAAGAAAUCAGAAGCCAACGGCGGUGCUGUUGUCGUGAAUCGGCACACUACUCAUCCGGUGACCAACGACGAACUCGAAGCUGCGAAAAUACUCAACUCCGCAAAAACUACAGACAAUGGCCAAGACACCAACGGAAGAUUUCCAAAGAAGAAAUUAGGAAGCUUUAUAAUGGAACGGCUUCGUAUAUUUAACGGUAAUACGUGUACGUUCGAUGCCGAUGUAAACGAUUCCGAGGUAAGGACACGAUUGAUGCCGGUAAAGGCCAAUAAAAUGACAGAAACUUCUUCCGAACGCGAAACUAGAGCUUCCGAACGUCUCAGAAAAACUUCCAGGGAUGAGCCGAAAAAGAUACCGGAUAUCAUUGUCGAAAUGGCUAAACCGACAAAAGAACCCAAUGUGGAUUUUGAACGAAAUAAAAGCCGCAUAUCCAGAAACGUCGCCUUAAAUCGAUCGUUCAACUCUAACUCUAAAUUAGAAUUAUUAAAACAGCAAAAACUUGGUGCUAAGAGUAAAGAAAACGAAGACUGUUCUAAACCAAAAAAACAUUUUGAAUCUUCAAACGACAUCACCGACGGUACCGUGACUGCCGUCAAAGGCGGUUCGAUAAAAGAUAGACUUGCGGCUUUGAAAAAAAGUGGGCAAGCUGACUGGCAAAAGAGGAUUUCAAAAAUAAAACCCGAAAAUCACGAAUUAUCCAAUAAUUCUAUUAAUGCGGCACAAGAUAUUUUGCGUAAACAGCUUACCAAACAGGUGAAAUCCACCGAAGAACCGGCUGAAUGUAUUGACAAUGUACUGGUCGAUCGACUUAACCAAUUAGAAACCGCGUCCAAAGAUUGGAAGAAACGAGUUGAGCAAAAAGAUACCGCCAACUUCACGGUGGCUGGAAAAAUGCAACAAAAAGUUUUGCCAGCUCUUGCCCCAGCUCUGGUAGCACUCAACCGACGGCCCUCAGACAGAUUAUCACCCAGUCUAGCUAAAAAAAAGCUCGGAGAAGAUUCAAUCAACGUAACUAAUGUCCGGCGAAGUGUUUCUAUGUCGGAUAAUAAAAGUAAAUCAUAUCUAAACAACAAAUCUGAAAAAGUGCCGUUGUUGAAUGGGGCUUCUGAUGAUACGCAUAAAGAUAAAACUGUCAUAGUGCCAGUUAUGAUCGAUAGUGAAUUCGAUAAAUUCUUUGGCAGCCCAACACCCAGUCAAACAGAUGCUCAAAUGGGUGAUGUUGAUUUCGAUCAGAUAAAAUCAUUUAGAACCACCAUGCUUGUUCACCAUAAAAAAGUAAAAGUUCCUCAAAGAAAGUACGAAGGAUCGAAAAAUCCAAUAAAAGCAUUAGCCUCAAAUCAAGACUUGACACAGCAACAGUAUACCGAAAAUAAGUCAAAUAUUGUAUUGCAACAGCACUUGGAAAAUUCAACUAUUAAAGCUCCAUUGGCUCGUGAAGCUUUAGCAGCUUUGGCUAGUAAAGAAGAUUUUGCUUCUGUAAAUUUACGUAAAUCUGCAGAAUCAUCACCUUCAUUGCUCCCUCCCUACAAAGAUUUGAUGUUAUUACACAUUAAAGGACGCAGACGAGUUCAGACUAGACUUGUACCACCUAUUGUUGAUUCUGUUAAUCAAGGAGAUUCCUAUGUUCUGGUCACAGCGUCUCAAAUUUUUGUAUGGAUUGGAGAAUUAUCAAAUGUGAUUGAACGGUCUCAUGCUGCUAAAAUUGCUCAAAGUAUUUUUGAUAAAAAAGAUUUAGGUUGUAAAGGAGCUACUCAAAUUAUUACAGUUAAUAGUGAUUCAUCAUUACCUAACACACAACAAGAAAAAAAAUUUUGGACUUUUUUGGGUGUGAACUCUAAUGAAACAUCAUAUAUCAAAGGACUAGGUGCAGGACACCCAGAUGAAGAUGAGUUAUAUGAAGCGGCCAUAGUUUCAACAAAUGUUAUAUAUGAAGUUGUUGGUGAGGAACUUGUUUUGUUACCUGAAUUAUCAGAAACCAUGCCCAAAAUAGAAAUUUUGGAUCCGUCAAAAACUUUAGUCUUUGAUUUUGGUAGCGAAUUAUAUAUUUGGUAUGGCAAAAACGUGAAUAUCACCAAACGCAGACCAGCCAUCCGUUUGGCACGUCAGUUGUUUGAUGAUAGUUACGAUUAUUCACAAUAUGACAUUAGCCCAAUUGAUGUAGCCCCUUGUUUAGGCGAUAGAAAUAAAGAUACCGUGUAUCUGAAAGCUGGUAAAAAACGACCUGAUUGGACAUUAUUUGCUAAGAUAACUCAACAUAUGGAAACAAUAUUAUUCCGUGAAAAAUUUGCUGAUUGGCCAGACUAUAGUCGUGUCAUUAAAUUAUCAAAAAAAAAUAAUGAUGAAAAGAACUCAAAGACAGAAGAUAAAAGUAUUGACUGGUCCACAGAAAUAAAAGCUUUUAAAGCAGUAGAAAUGUUAGAAAUGUCAAAUCAAGAACCAGAUCUAGUGUUAAGUGGUAGUCAUUUGGGCAGAGGAUCUUCUUAUUAUGACAAAGAAACACUAAGAAAUUUUGUUGUAAAUACAAUCAGUGUUACUGUAUGGCACGUCCAAGAAUUUGACAGUAGUGAAAUGGAUUCAAAAUCAAUUGGCCAGUUUCAUAGUGGAGAUUCUUAUAUUAUACGAUGGAUUUAUAAUGUUUGCAUUCAAGGGAGGGAACUGAAUGGAUUGCCAUCACGUCGUAUGAUUUCAUCUGGUAGAAAUCGUUGUGCUUAUUGGUACUGGCAUGGUCGAAAUGCUACUCAAAAUGAUCAAGGUGCAGCAGCUUUAUUGACUGUUCAAUUAGACACUGAACAAGGACCUCAAAUAAGAAUAGAUCAAGGACAUGAACCACCAGCUUUUUGGAACUUAUUUAGAGGAUUGGCAAUUGUAUAUAGAGGAAAAAGAAAUCAGAGAUCAAAUAUUUGGCGAUUGUUUAUGGUACAAGGUGCCAAUGAUAAUGAAGUACAUUUAACUGAAGUGGUGUGUUCCACAACGCAGUUGCGUACUCAUACAUCAUUCAUUUUACUUAAUUCUAAAAAUGGACUUGUUUACAUUUGGCAUGGAAAAGAGUGUUCAGAUAACCUAAAACAACUCUCUAUUAAAAUUUCUAAACGUUUGCCGGAAAUUGAUUGUAAAGAAUUAGGAUUAGAAGACAAUAUUAGUAUACAAGAUGCUAAAAUAUUUUAUGAAUCAAAAGAGCCUACAGAAUUUUAUCAAGCCCUUGGCUGUAAAAAUGCUCGUCUUUAUAAACCUCCAUCAACCAAAUUAGGAGAUAUGAAAUUGUUUCAUUUUUCAUCUGUUGUGGGCCAGUUUAAAGCAACAUUGGUUAAUAGUGCUUAUAUCCCAUCUCCCUACCCAUAUUUACAAGAUCAUCUUUAUAAUUCUAAUCAGCCAGCACUCUUUAUGUUGGAUACUGGAGAAGAAUUGUGGAUUUGGCAAGGGUGGUGGCCAGAGACUGCCGAAGAAGAUUUUGUUGAUGUAGAAAUUAAUAAUCAUCGUGGAUCACAAUUCACACGUCUUCAAGCAGAAAGAAGGGCUGCUAUGCAAACAGCUCUUGAUUACUGGGACCAAAAAUAUAAUAAUGAUGAUAAACCAAAAGUUUAUUUAGUAUGGGCUGGUCUUGAACCUCUUCAGUUUACUGAUUGUUUUCCAGAAUGGGAGAUAAGAGAUGAUAUUGCUGAAAUUAAUAUGAAGGAUCAUAAACCUGGGGAAAUUGUGACCGUUGAAGAAGAAUUAGCACGUCUUACUCAAGAAACAUAUCCAGCAGCCCAAUUACUACAAAGACCUUUACCAGAUGGAGUUGACCCUACUAGAUUAGAAUUGUAUUUAUCACCAGCUUCAUUCAAAAGUCUUCUGGAUAUGAACAAAAGUGAAUUUCUUCAACUUCCCAAAUGGAAACGUACCAAAAUUAAACAAUCGGUUGGUCUAUUCUAAUUAAAAAAUAUCCGAAUUCAUACAAACAUCCACAUUUCAAUUAUUAUUUAAAUAAUAUUACUAAUUUUUGUAAAUUAUUAAGAAAAUUAAAAAAAAUGUAUUGUGUGUGCAAUCUUGUAUUUUUCUACUGUGAAUUUUUUAUUUAUACCUUUAUAGAUACAAUAUAUUUUUUAUACUCCACGAGAUGUAACAAGUUACUAAAACAAAUGAUCAUAAUCUAUAUUUAUAUAUAUAUACUUUUUUCUAGUGUUUGGUUUGUUGACAUAUUUUAAUAACUUGUAACACUUUUUGUAAAACAUGUUUUUGUAACACGAAUUUUGUGUUUUUUACUACUGUGUCCUAUGUUUCAAUUUAUUUAUUAAUUUUAUUUUGUUUUUAGGCUGUGAUUCUUUGUAAUAAUAUUCAUACUUUUGCGAGUAAACAUUAAUGUUUUUCCAUCA